AUGGAACUUCAACCCACCUUACAGCAGUCACCGCGGAGGAGUUUGGGAACGGCUUAUACGGUUGGUGCGAAAAAUAUUGUCAGCAUUAUGGUGCAACACGCUCGCACAACCGCAUAUCAUCCGGCGGCCAACGGCCUGAUCGAGCGCUUCCAAAGACAACUCAAAGCAGCCCUGAAGGCUCAUCUCGGUUCAGAAUGGCGUGAGGCUCUUCUGCUUGUCCUGAUGGGCAAUCGGAAUACGAUAAAGGCCGACUUGCACACUCCACCAGCCGCACUAGCCCUCGGUCACACGUUACAUCUUCCGGGUGAAUUCGUUUCACCCAAGCCCCAACGUAGCUUUAACUACACGGAUUUUGCACAACGACUCGCGCUCCACAUGUGUGAGGUGCACGCUGCUACCACACGGCAGAAAACCGUAACUGUCUAA